GAUGGCGAUGUACACAAAUAGAAUCGCUAGGUGCUCGAAAUCGAACCCCGUUUUCACCGUGUUAUCGCGCAAUAUCGGUCACAGUUCAGGUGCACGCCAAUGGUUCCGUCAUCCGACCGUCCGGUACAUCUGUUUGGUGAGCGGUGGGCUGCUUGCUUUCACCGCAGCGACCUAUCGCAACCGCAACCCUAAGGUCUUCGCACUACAGCUGCGGAAGGAUGAAAUUGCGGACAAGGCCAUUAAGCUUACGGCUCGCGAGCGGCGCUUCAUCAAGUUCGCCUCGGUCGAGUUCGAUGGGCAGAUCUACAUGACACCUCAAGACUUUCUAGAGUCGGUUGUCGAGCAGGAGCCACGCCCCCGCCUCAAGAGGAAGUCAUUAACGCACGCCGAGAUCCAGCAGCUAAAAGACUACACGCCACCGCUGAAGCACGGCUCGUCGCAGCUUUUCCGCAGUCUGCGUGACAAAGGCAUCAUAUCCUACACGGAAUAUUUGUUCCUUCUCUCCGUACUUACGAAACCGCACUCCGGAUUUCGCAUCGCCUUCAACAUGUUCGAUACGGAUGGGAAUCAGCGCGUCGAUAAGGAUGAGUUUCUCGUGAUUCGUCAACUGCUCGGAGGAUCGCUGAAGGAUCGAGAUCUUGACGAAGGCACGCGUAAAGCUCUGCUGCAUCUCGUGUCGACCAGUGCACAAGCGAAAUUUUUACUCAAAAACUAUCGCGAGCAAAAACCGAAAGCAUCGAUCGGUGAGCAGCAGCAACGGCAGCAGAACCCCAGCAGUCCCACAGGAUCCUCAGCUGAGGACGCUAGCGACGCCAAUCCACCCGCCAAGGGUAGAGUAAAGCGAUUAAUGGAGAAAAUUUUCAGCUUCGCUUGGAAGGGAAAACGGGGUAUCGAAAGCAAGGAAGGUGAAGAACCGGGCGAACACGACGAUUACGUGGACGAUGAGCAAGGCCUGCAGAGGAAGCACAAGGUUGACACGACGCUGCAGGUGCACUUUUUCGGCAAAAAGGGGGACAAAGAUUUGCAGUACGAUGGGUUCUACAACUUCAUGAAAAACCUCCAGACCGAGGUGCUCGAGCUGGAGUUUUGCGAGUUCUCCAAAGGCCACGAGCGCAUCUCGGAGGUGGACUUUGCAAAGAUUCUGCUCCGCUACACGUAUCUGGACACGGACGAAUACGACAACUACCUGGACCGUCUGCUGGACAAAGAGGCCAAAGAGAAGGGCGUAUCGUUCGACGAUUUCCGCCAGUUCUGCCAGUUUCUGAACAAUUUGGACGAUUUCUCGAUCGCCAUGCGCAUGUACACACUGGCCGAUCAACCGAUUUCGAAAGAUGAGUUUUCACGUGCGGUCAAAAUCUGUACCGGUUCCCAGCUGAACACACACCUCAUCGACACCGUGUUUGCGAUCUUUGACGAGGACGGCGACGGUCUGCUUUCGUACAAAGAGUUUAUCGCGAUCAUGAAGGAUCGCGUCCACCGAGGAUUCAAAUCCAACGUAAAGUCGGAAGGCUGGGAAGCAUUCAAACACUGCUUGAAGCAAGAAAUGAAGCAAAACGUUUAAAACGAUGCUCCUACAGAAGUUCUCCCUUACUCUCUUAUCCACGUGGUAUCUUUCAAACUAAACCUACUAAUCGUUUUUUGUCCACUAGCAUCCGAUUACUAACCAAAACCAUCAGCAACUAUUAACGGUUUCUCACCCAGUUAAACCAAGGGUUUUAGGGGCCCCUCGGCAUUUAAAGUGCCAUCCGAUACGGUGACAACUUAUCCCCGAUCUCUUCCUGCUGCUACAGCGCGCGAUCGAAAAAAUCGUAAACACUUACGUGCAACUUGUUACUUAGCGAAAAAGCCAAUUGUUUCUUCUAGUUAGUUGAGAGCGCAGGAUUGUUUCACUGUUAAUUGUUACGUGUGUGAUUAGCAAAAGUGUUUGUAUUCAAAAAGCAAUUUUAAUUUUUUGUUCUAUAGACAUGAGAGAUUGUUUAGCAGUUCACAUAAGUUUAGUGCUUUAAAAGCAACCGCUUAUGUGAUGUUAGUUAAUCGUGGGUCACCGCAAAGAAAUUAAUGUUCAUAUUGUUAGUGAAUUGUGUAGUUCCAAGUCCGAAGUAUUUAUUUCAUUAGCCACCAGUUUUUUCGAAGGUCCAAAGUUUUCUCAUACUUACGUCUUGCCUGUAACGUCUUGCCUGCCUGUCUAUUUCAAUAACACAAUAACAUGAAGGCAAAGGCACGUGUUUUUGUUCAAAAACGUGCGAUAAUUUAAAUCACACACACCAUUUAUCGUCACCCAUAAUUUUAUUGUCGCGAUAGAAAGUAGAAUCAUACAAAAUGGAAAGUAUUAUCUGAAUUCAGCCGAGGACGCUUCGAUGAAGGACGCCAAAUUGCAAUUGUUUGUCAUCAUAGGAGAAAGGUUGCGACCGGCAAUUGCAUGAUGCAAUUUAUGUUUACGCCAUUGAACAACUAAGCUAAUUGUUACGCCCCGUCUCGAGCCAUUUGUUGAUCGUUUUGUAUUUAACUGAAAUACCAAAAACACGCCAAUUCAAAAUCCAUGAUGCGUUCGUUGAGUUCUUUCCCAUCCGAAAAAAGAAUUGUGAUAUCGAAAUAAUUACGAAGCUUAUGGGCAAUUUUAAGAAAAGCACAAAUUUAUUACACAUUAGUUUGUUCGUUUUUGCCCCGCUCAACCUUUUCUUGUCCACUUUCUUGGUUGGCUUUUACGAUACUCCCUGGACCGGGUGUAAUGGUUUUAUAAAUCAUUAAAACUUUAAAAAUAUCAUUUUUCGCCUUUCUGCGGUAUCGGUGCUGCUUAGUGAUUAUUGAUGCCACUCACAGGACAGGAAGCCUCUCUACUCUGGUUCGAUUUUUAUCCCUGGUAGCCCCCUAUCGUGCUUCAGUUCAUGAUUCAGAUUGAUGAUAAGUUUUGUAGUAAAGUGUCUCAACGUACACUAUCGAUUAUAAUGGUUCUUAGCGAUACAGAGGAUUCUGCUGCGUCGCGUCCCCGGUUUUUACUAAAACUAUAAAAGACGAUAGUAUUAAUGGGUAUUUUAUAUAUAGACUUCAUGUUCUGCACCACUGACAAGCUUAUUACACGCAAAGAAAGUGGAUCGCACGCAUCAUUGCUUCCGGAACAAUAUACAGUCUCUCGUUCACUUUAUCGAGUUCUGUUAAGAAGAGUUUACUGAUUUUAGUUUUCGUAUAUUCUCGAGCUACUACUCGUUCGGGUGUCCCGUAACAAGCUGCAAAAAACCCCGGCCUUGUGUGCCAUGAUUGUAAAGCUGGGCUUUCUCUCUCUCUGCUCUUAGUAGACGACUAUCAAAAUAUAUGAUUAUUGUAUACCGUUGCUUUGGAAAGGACCGCCCAAAUGUUUGUCUGGUUGGCCCAUCAUUAUAUUACUUGAUGCCGAUUGUUGCCGAUUUUAUUCGAUGCCGCAAAAACGUAAUUUUAAAUAUGAUAAUCGCACCACCAACUCCGUCCAUAUUAUGCAGUCUCUCGCAGUCAGUUAUUUAAUGCUAAUUUUUAAUUUUACUGUCCUAAUUUUCAUGAAGACGCUAUAAAGCAUUGCCGAUUGAUGUUUGUCUCUGUUGCCGAUUGUUUCUCAUCAAGUCUUUUCGAAAAAUGUACAUUUGAUUUUGUUUUGUGCUACGACCACUACGAGUACUGUCUCUCUCACGAUGUCUCUCUC